AUGCCCGAGGUCGGCCCGAUCCUGCGCGCGGGCCUCGACUCGAUGAGCCCCGCCGGCAUGCGCCAGGGCUACUGCUUGGGUCUUGUCGAGGUCAUCCAGUUCUCGCCCAGGAAGCAGCUCAAAGAUAUCGUCGAGAGAUUUGUCGUCGAAGACGCUCUUUGCGACGCACUACCCGAGGUCCACCACGCGGCUGGUGAUGCGUUUGAUGUCAUCCACAAGACUAUGGGCUACCGCUCGAUCGACGAGCUCAAUCUCCGCCUCCUCAAGUGUAUCACAUCGUACCUCGCACCACGCCUGCUCACAACGCCAACGGCCUUGUCCAACAUCCAAGCGAUCGUCUCCUUCUCGGGUGCGGUGCUGCAUUGCGACAUGGACCACCUCCGCAAAUUAGCACGUUCAACCUCUAUCCAUCACUAG